AAUCCGGAUAUAUUCCAUCGGCCAAAUAAUAUCCACGCUUGUAAAGCGUCCCUCUAAGCUCAAAAGAGGAGUCCGGUGCGGUCUCAUUAACCCAAUCGUCAAAAACAGGCGAUUGAUCGAGAACGUUGAUGUCGUUGUUCGAGCCCGCGACACCGNGCUUUUUUGUAGGACCUGAUGCUCCGAGCCGACAUCUGCAAGUAUUCAUCGAACAUAUCAGAUGCCGUCCCGUACGCCAACUGACGGAGCGCGGCAGUGCACUUUUGGACGCUACUAAACCCGCGUCGGCCUCUCGCAUCAAACCGUUGGUUGAACCAAGGAACCUCGCGUUCAACAUCGGCGAAAAAAAGAGUGAGCUUUCCGCCAUGAGAAUAAGGAAGCAUGCGAAGGUGUCACCUCUCACGUACACCGCCGCCGCCGCCACCUCCUCGAUAAAGCCCGGCGCCGUCAAGCUUCCGACUAGUAUCUGUCAGCUCAAUCAGUCUCCUUGGGACGUCAUCACCUUCCCUAUCGAAGACGAACCCUCCCCGUCGUCGCUGCAUCCCGCGGCGGCGCCGCCGCAUCUGUUCUUAUUGCAGUCCGGCGGAUGCGGCGGAACUCGUCCCCUUCCCGAUUCAAACGGAGCCGUUCAGAGCUCCGGCCGCACGGCGGCGGUUCUGUGCUCCAAGACCGACGGCAAGGCGUGGCAGUGCAAGAGGGAGGCGAAAUCCGGCGGCGCCUUGUGCGACCACCACUUGGAGCAGAUCAAGUACUACAACAACUUGGCUCGCCCUGCGGCCGGGAACCAAACUCUUGCUCCGGCCGGCAAGAAUAGCCGCCCCCGGCAGAAGAAGACUCAUUCGGCAUCCUCCUCCUCCUCGAACCAGCAGCAAGAUUUGUACUAUUACACCGGGUUCGGGCCGCUAUGGGGCAAGAAAAGAGGUCCGGGUCGGGCGAGGAAUAACAACACCGACUUGCCAAACACCUCCCACCAUGACCCGAUCCACGGCGGGGAAGAAUUGGAUUACGUGGAAGAUGGGGUUGGAAAGAAGAAAAAAGUGCGGAAACCGAUCAAAGCCAGGUCCUUGAAAUCGAUCAUCAUGUGAGAACAAAUUUCAAUGUGUUUUGCUUCUCUAUUUCUAUUUUGUUGUUAAUUUGUUAUACCAAACGUGCAUUUCUUUGCAUGAUACCAUUAGAUUUCAGUCUUUAAAUUCACAUUUCCGUAACUUGAUUUUGAUAAAACAUUGUAUGGAUGGAAAAUAAUAGAUCUUCUAGGCU